AUGGAGGCCAGGCAGAACAUCCCACCUCCAAGCCCUUUACCUCCUCUACCCCCCCCAGACCCUCCCCAGGAGCCCCCCCCCAGACCCUUCCCAGGAGCCCCCAGGAGCCCCCCCCAGACCCUCCCCAGACCCCCCCAGGAGCACCCCCAGACCCUCCCCAAGAGCCCCUCCCAGCCCCUCCCCAGGAGCCCCCAGACCCCCCAGGAGCCCCCCCAGACCCUCCCCAGGAGCCCCCCAGACCCUCCCCAGGAGCCCCUCCAGACCCCCCCAGGAGCCCCCAGACCCUCCCCGACCCCCCCAGACCCCUCCCCAGGGCCCCCCUCCCCCAGGGCCCCCUAUACUCAUUCAUUUAUUAAAUCUCUGUGUGUGUGUGUGUGUUUUCCUGUACAGGACGACCAUGAGAGUGGUUCCAGCUCCACGAGUCGCAGCGCCUCAGAGAGCUCCAAGACCCUUAGCAAGCCGCGCCGUCUCCAGCAAGCCGCCCCGUCCGACCCAGACCUGCCCCCAGGCUACGUCCAGAGUCUGAUCCGUCGGGUGAUCAACAACGUCAACAUCGUGGUGAAUAACCUGAUCCUGAAGUACGUGGAGGAUGACAUCGUCCUGUCUGUCAACAUCACCUGUGCUGAGAGUUACACCGUCCACGAGUUCUGGGACCGAGCCUUCAUGGACAUCACAGCUCCUGAUCUGGUGCUGCGUAAAGUGAUCAACUUCAGCGACUGUACGGUGUGUCUGGAUAAGAGGAACGGCAGUGGAAAGAUCCAGUUUUACCAGGAUCCUCUCCUUUACAAGUGUUCCUUCAGGACGCGACUACACUUCACCUACCAGAACAUCAACUCUAAGAUCCCUGCUGUUAUCAAGAUCCAGACGAUGGUCGAGUCCCUGAAGCUGUCCAUCACAGACCAGCAGCUGCCCAUGUUCAUCAGGAUCAUGGAGCUGGUCCUCAGCCUCUACUACGGAGAGAUAGGAGGAGGAGGGAAGGACGGAGAGGGAGAGGAGGGGAGCGGAGAUAGAGAGGUCAUCACUACACCAGGUUAGUCUGGGGUUAGACUCUGGUCUAUA